AUGCCUUUCAUUGAAGUCCAGCUGCGUCGGCCUGAAAUGUUCGCUCUACUCAGCCAUUUCACUAAAGUUGUUGCCAGCCAGCUCGCCUGGUACGACAACGACAAGAACCCUUGGCGCAGUCUGAUUGUGCCACUUGCCUUGGAAUCCCGUGCACUAUUCGCCGCCAUCCUCGCUAUAUCAUCUGGAAACAUCGCAGCAAGGUUGGGAGACGGCAGUGGAGCCGCAAGGGACUACCUGCAGUCGAUGCACUUGCUUCGCCAGGAGACCCUCACGUCGCUAUCUACAGACUUCCGAAAGCUGAGCACUCUCUUGAGUGCCGGGCCGUUGCUGCCGUCCGAACUGCGGUGGGUUACGGCAACACUUGCCAGUGUCAUCGUGCUCUCUCAUUUGGAAGUUCACUUUCCCGUCACGGGUAUUUGGCGAGUGCAUCUGCGAGCAGCGAGACAAGUCAUGAGAGCUAUACAGCAUUCGUCCACAGGCGACGAGGUCAUUUCUUUCCUCGCAGAAGAGUCCUUUGCUGCUACGACAUGGUCCAUGCUGACGGAUUUUGAUGUGGCCAGUCAUGCCAUCAAUGAGUGUUUCGAGAUGUCGACAGUUGCGGCGUCUCACCGAGUGGAGGACUUCCUGGAAAGAUUUGCAAUCUCACAUCAGGACUCCGGAUUCGCAGGUUUCUGUCUCGUACUACAGAAGAUCACCAAAUUGGAGCGCUUGCACCAGCAAAAAGGCUCAGAUGUAUUACCCAGCUCGGCAGAUUGUGACUCUUUGUCGGACCUUGACAAACUGCUCUCCGAAGCGAGGCACCGUGCAUUCCAGGCCAUGGAAUCCGAUAGUCUGCGCAUGUCCGAUGCGGAGGUGCUGGACGUCCGCCUUCUGAUCGAUGCAUUCUAUCACGCUACCUCGAUUUACAAGAUUCGGUCUCUGGUGCGCUACGCGAGCUCACAUCCAACACUAAGCUAUCAUCGAGAGCAGCUCUGCAAUGCUUUAUUUGCGUUUCGUAACGCAGACUCAUUUGCGCAAGACCAGACUUGGCCGCUUUUCGUCGCUGGGACAGAGUGCAGGGGCAAUCCAUCGCGCCAAAGCUGGAUCAGCGGUCGUUUCCAGUGUAUUAUGGCUCGAAGCUGUGCUCUUGAUCGGCAACGUGUAUUGCAGUUCCUUGGAGCAUUUUGGACGCAAUCAGGCACCGACCACUGGAUUGACUACGCACGGCAGAUUGGUGCGGACGCAGGCUUUUUGAUACUUUGA